GCGGGGUAAAAGCCAGGUUAUGGCUAGACGGGAUGCAGCUUUUGUCAAAUUAACAACAUAUUUGACUUUUUGCAGCAGGUUAUGAUAAUUUACGAAGCAGGUUAAGAGAAUGAACGUAGCAGGUUAGGAUACUUGUGUUAAGGUUAUGACAAGAGUUAUGGUUAGUGUUAGUAAAAUGCUAAAUAAAUCAACUUGUGGUGUUAAUUUGACCAAAGCUGGAUACCUUCUAGUCUUGACCGGGUAACCACGGCAGAAAAAGAACGGAGUGACUCGAUGUUGUAUUAGAAUAAGACGAUAACAUGGAGUCCAUUGAUUUGGAGAGGGAGGACCCUUCUAGCUCACUAUCUGGAUAUGCCAAUGGAGAGAUAAUGACCCUGGAGAUCUCAGAGGUCUCUCCAGACUUGCUUGUUCUCGAGGUAAAAGACAACCUACCUAAAAGUAACCAUGGCAGCCUAGACAUGGAGAUGGAUGCUGACUUUCAUAAUGAUGAUGGGCAUGGUUUUGCGAAUGUGGAACUCCAGUUCUUUCCAUGUGAUUCCUGCGAAGCCUCCUUCACUAGUGAACCAGAGCUGGAGCAGCACUUCAUAAGCUCUCAUUCAAUAUGUGAUGUAGCAAGUGAGAGAGGAAGACCGAAAGCCAAGUCAAUGGAAACAGAAGGUGUCUCACCCCUGCACACCUGCAUGACUUGUGGGAAGGUGUUCAAAUACCUAACUUCAUUUCGAAAACAUGAGGAAACUCAUAUCAAAGCCCUGUACACCUGCAAGACUUGUGGGAAGGAGUUUAAAUACCUAACUUCAUUCACAAAGCACCAGGCCACUCACAUUGUACCAAGACUGAGAGGAAAUGGAAAGUCAAUCAUAGCAGUAGGCUUAAAUGUCAAUCAGAAAGUGAAAGGCCUUCACACCUGCAGGCACUGUGGUAAGGGGUUCAAAUACCUAACUUCUUUCAUAAAGCAUGAGAAGACUCACAGGAUAACCAAAAAAAGCAGAAAAAAACAGAGGAACCCUUCAAGUUCUGAGAUUAUUGUACGUCUUGAAGGCAAUAGGAAAGAUGACACAGAAACUUGUUUAAGGGCCACCAAGAAAAAAAGGAAGAACAUCAAUGAUACUGAGGAUCAGGAUGCAUGUAUUCUAAUAUCUUCUGAUGAUGAACUAGCCAACACUGCAGAGCAGCAAACACCUGACUCUAACCGUUCUCCUCCUUUUCCUUCUGACUCUAACCGUUCUCCUCCUUUUCCUUCUGACUCUAACCGUUCUCCUCCUUUUCCUUCUGACUCUAACUGUUCUCCUCCUUUUCCUUCUGACUCUAACCGUUCUCCUCCUUUUCCUUCUGACUCUAACCGUUCUCCUCCUUUUCCUUCUGACUCUAACCGUUCUCCUCCUUUUCCUUCUGACUCUAACCGUUCUCCUCCUUUUCCUUCUGACUCUAACCGUUCUCCUCCUUUUCCGGCUGACUCUAACCGUUCUCCUCCUUUUCCGGCUGACUCUAACCGUUCUCCUCCGUUUCCUUGUCUGGACUGUGGGAAGGUUUUUAAGUUUUUCAAAUCUUACCAAAAACACCAGAAAAGACAUGCUUGGGCACAGGGCAAAAGUGAAAUAGUGCCUCCUAAACAGGAGCACGGACCGGAAGUGAAACAACAGAUUAGAUGUCCAGUUUGUGGUAGACCAUUCAACAAGCUUAAAGCUUGUACCAAACAUGAGAAAAUGUAUCAUCGGGAAAAUAACUUGCGUAAAAACACAUUUUCUUUAACGUGCUGUGAAUGUGACCGUCAUUUUGAAAAGGCAGAUAUUUUCCAAAAGCAUAAGUGCUUCCACCUGCGUAAGCAUGUAAAGGCUUUCAUAGAGGCAAGUAGGGUGAGCCAACAGGGGGAUAUUUUCUAUUGUCAACUCUGUGUCCUAAAGCUCGCCAGUGGACUGGAGUUUGAGAAUCAUGCCAGGGAUAUGCACCCAGACCAAUACCGCAAAACCCUAAAAGCAGUAGGCAAUGUCAGGACAUGUAUCAUUAAAGACACCUUGAAAGGCUUGCCGACACAAAGGGAUCUGGAGGCAACUGAAAUAGACUUAAACACUGUAGGACAGACAGAGGAAGAUGUAUCGAGACAAUUUAUUUGCAAAGAUUGUGGGGACUGUUUCAUAUAUCAUGUUUCGUUUAAUUUUUGUGGGAAAUGUUUAAAGGAUCGCAAAGACUCUAGGAGAAUUCGGGAGAGCAACGUAAAAGCCUCCAAGCUGCACCACUGUGAAAAAUGUGGACUUGACUUUGGCCGAAAAGAUCACCUAAAGCGCCACAGCUGUUCUCAUUCUGGCAGUUCCUAUAUCUGUUUUGAUUGUGGCGUUGGAUUCAGGGAUCCAGGAGAGUUGCGGACGCAUGAAAAGACUCAUCAGGUGAGAAACCACAUCUUCCAACUGCGUGAGAAGCGAUGUGAACAUCAAAAGGAACUGAUGUUGCAUCAUGAAGUUGAUCAUCCAGGACCAGACGGUUAUACAUGCCACCAGUGUGGCAAGAAAUGUAGUACUGGGGAAAAGCUGGGGAAACACAGAAUGAUCCAUUCGGCCAAAACUCCCCAUGCUUGUUCAUAUUGCGGUACAAAGUUCAAGAGGCGAGAGCAUUUGAGACGGCAUGAGAACCUGCACACCAAUGAGAAACCUCACCUUAGUCAUUGUUAUGGAGAUACAUUUGGGCGGCAGGAGGACUUAAAGACCCACCUCGGUAAAAUGCACACAAUGUUGAGAAGUUAUCUUUGUAAGACUUGUGGGACAACGUUCAAGGACCGUAACUCUCUCCGGAGACAUAGAUAUCACACUCACACAAAGGCAGGUAAGGUGUUCCAAUGUGAGGAGUGUGGCCUAAGCUUCAGCCGGGCGGAUCAUUUGAAGCACCACAAGUACACACAUUCUACUGAAAGGCCCUUCUCAUGCUCAUUGUGUUACAAAGUAUUCCACAUUGCAGAAAACCUCAAGAAGCAUGAGCGAAAUCAUAGAAACAAGUGGUUGGAGUACCUCAACACCCGCCGCCACAAUAACACACCCAAGCAGGAGAGCCAUGUUUCUGAGCGCUCCAAGUGGAAACUGGGCUGGUCUGAAGCAUCUGCCCUACUAAAGCUCAUUCAGAGCCACUCCCAGCAGCAACAUCAUACCUGCUAUGUUUGUAAAAAUACUUUCAGAGAGCUUUACUAUCUGAAAAGACACCGUCUACUAAACUGUCUUGGACAAAGGAGUAAAAUUAUGAAUUCAUUCUGAUAUGGAACUGUUCAAUAACUCACUUUGGUGUUGAUAAUAUGAGAGAUUUAGAAGAUUAAUUUAAUUUUGUAGAACUUGUGUAUUUGUAUAUAGUGAGCUGUGGUUUGGUAUCUUGUAUUGUCUGGUUAUUUAAAUGUUAUUGUAGACCCUCAUAGCCAUCAUACCAGAGCCAGUGUUGCCAAUAUUAGACUGCGGUGCUAUAGUAGGAUUACAUUAGGCACAGACGUCAGUUCAACAUCUAUUUUACAUUUUUGUAAACUAAUGUGAAUUCAAAAUGAAAUCAGCAAAACAUUUCACCAUGACAUUGGAUUUAGGUACCAAGUUGGGUGAAAAAAAAUCCUGUACGUUGAUGACCUUUUGCAAAUACGAUCAUUUUUCCACGUAGAUUCAAAGUCAUCACAUUGUUUCCACGUCAUUUCAACAAAAACAUCUAUGUUUAAACCAGUUUUUGCCCUGUGGGAUUGCUGGGGAAAUAAUUAUUUCCUUAAAACUGGUGCAGAAGAAUGGAAUGGUGUACCAAACCUUAUAAAAUCCAUCCCCACACUAGGGAGUUUUAAGAAACCUUAAGAGGAAAUAAAUGGUUUAUGGUAAAAUGCUUUACAACUACACAAGCUAAAAGAAAGUAUAAUUGUAUCAAUGAACAUUACUUGGUCACCUAUUUUAUUCCUUUUACUGUUUCCUCCCUAUUGAUGAGAUGUAUUUGAGAUGUUAUAAUUAAGCAAUAAAGCCUGACGAGGUGUUAUAUAUUGCCAAACUACCACAGCUAAAGGCUGUUCUUAGGUGCAACGCGGUGUGCCUUGAUACAGCCCUUAGCCCAUAUAAAGCAAACUCCUGAUGUGCCUUAAUUAUAUUAUAAACUGGUUACCAAUGUAAUUAGAACAGUAAACAAGUAAUUAUGCAUCAUACCUGUGGUAUAUUUAAGCAAUAAGGCCCCCGAGGGGGUGUGGUAUAUGACUAACAUACCACGGCCAAGGGCUGUUCUUAAGCAUGACGCAACGCGGAGUUCCUGGAUACAGUCCGUAGCUGUUGUAUAUUGGCAAUAUGCCACAAACCCCUGAGGUUACAAACGUAAUUACAGUAGUAAGGAAAUAAUUAUGGGUCAUAUCCGUGGUAUAUUUAAGCAAUAAGGCACCUCGGGUUUGUGGCAUAUGGCCAAAAUACCAGAGCUAAGGGUUGUAUCCAGGCAUGCCACGUUGUGCCUAAGAAAAGCCCUUAGUUGUAGUAUAUUGGCCAUAUACCACCCCCCUCUGGCCUUAUUGCUUAAAUAUACCACGGUUUAUAAUCUUGUGUAUAUUUUCUUUUUGUGUAUAUUCAAGGGGACCACAAUGGAAAUACGUUUUAAAUUGUGUGGUUGUAUUGUGUUUAAAAUGGUCAAAUUCUAUCAUGCAUUUUAACAAUGACAAUUAUAAAAUCAAACAAUUCA